ACCCCUAAUACACAGCCCCAAUCGGUGCUCGAGUAAAAUACUGUACGAGUCCUAGUACACCUGCUGUUCCUCUUCGAAAACGCAAAAACUUACCAAAACUUCCCACACUUUUCCACCGAGAGACGAGACCGAGUAUGAGUAUGAGCGCCCUUCGUCGCCUGUCAUAUGCCAUGGGUGGAGGUGGAGGUGGAGGUGGGGAUGGGGGUGCACAUGACGAGGAAACCCCGCGCCGUCAUCAUCAUCAUCACCAUCUGCACCAUCACCAUCAUGAUAAGAAAGAUUACACCAUUAGUCCAACCGGCGGGAAUGUACCGGUUAGGAUCCCUUCGGAGGAAGAAGCCCCGCACCGCCAUCGACACCGCAGGAGGAGGGCUUCCACCACCCCUGCUUCCCAGGAAAAAGGUCGCCGAUCGCCGCCGAGGGUCAUAGACCCCGAGUUUGAACCAAAGAAAUCCCACCCACAUAAACGGGUUGCCGUGACUUUUGAUAGCCCAACUAGUAGUGCCUCAUCAAUCACUUCAUCCGGUGGGAUAGAGAUUCAAGGAAAUCGACGGAAUCAUGGGGAAAGUCCCCCUCUCACGCCGCUUAUAAAGACCACCCCCCCAACCCCCUCGCCCCUUGAGCGAGCUCGCAGGACAAAUUCACAACGCGUUUAUCGGCCGCCGCCCCCGUAUCCCGUUACUCCCCGUCGAGACGAGACGGAAUACAUCGCUUUUUCCCCUGCCAAUAACAUGUCGAUCCCGGAUGGACCACAGGGGCGCCAUAGCGACUCUGUUGCCCCGGGAAAGUUCGCGCCCCACCCAGGAGCGGUAGAGAUUGGGAGCAGCGAUUCCAUCGUUCAGGAGCCAAAAUGGACGGAUGGUUCCAGUUCUAGUGCACCGUCCCCAAGCCACCGUCCGAGCGAGAGGAAAGCACCCAAACCCGCUCGUCGCCCUGGUCUGAGCAAGCAUAGGGGUUCAAUACGCGAGAAUCAGUAUGACUUCCUCAAAACCUUCGACACAGUUUUCGUAGUCGACGACUCGGCAUCCAUGGCAGGCGAGCGUUGGGAUCAGCUCGGCCAAGCCCUCGAAACAAUCGCCACCAUCGCCACCAAGUACGAUUCCGAUGGCAUAGACAUCCACUUUCUCAACUCCCCCCAGUACGACCACGAGCAUGUCACCUCCCCAGCCUCCGUGCGAGACCUCUUCGUCAGUGUUCAGCCCGCAGGAAUAACACCAACCGGCGCUUGUCUAGACCGCAUCCUGCGAGAGUACCUGGACAAGUACGCGGAUGCGAAAGCCGCCUAUACCCCAUCCACCAGCCCCGGCCCACACCCAACAAUGUAUGCCUCGCUCCCAAAGCCACUGAACAUCCUCGUACUAACGGACGGUGAACCGACCGACGAUCCCGAGUCCGUUAUAGUCGCUGCCGCCCGGAACCUGGACCGACUCAACGCACCACUGCACCAGGUUGGCAUACAAUUCAUUCAGAUUGGGGACGAGGAGGGCGCGCGCGAGGCGUUGGAGGAAUUGGACGACGCGCUCGAGGAGAUCUACGGUAUCAGGGAUAUGGUUGACUUCACGCCCUUCGUGGAAGCGCCUGGCGCCGGGAGAGGGGAGAGGGUUAGUGGUGAGAUGAUCUUGAAAGCGCUCUUGGGCGCCGUGAAUCGGAAGUACGACCGGUGGGGGAAUGAGUUUUGAAAUAACACUCUGCUCUGUAUUUCGUUAUUAUUGGUUUUAAUAUUUUUCUUUGGAUGGAGUUUGGAUUUGGUUAAGUUACGAGUGAUGUUGUUAUGAGUUUCUUUUACGGAUACAUUUGUCUGGUAAGGGCGUUUUUAUUUUACUUGAUUGUUUUCAUUUCUUACGGCAGUUGGGAUUAGGCGGGUCUGGGUUUUAUUUUAUUUUAUACAUGAUACAGCUCUUAUGGCUCUAUGAAUUAUGAAGUUGGUUUUGGAUAGCAUUCGUUGCAUGAUGCCUCACUCGCGUUCAAUCCGUCGCCAUCAUCUUGAUCCCUUAAUUUAUAAUAAUAAUAUUAUUAUUAUUAUCAUAGCAGCCUGUGGAUGAUACCUGUUGGAUAUUACGGAUUGUUUGCGGAAGCUUGUUCAUGAGGAUUACCUGGAUGUCGGUGGUUAAACAGCUCGCUUGCUCUCCUUGUA